AUGCAGUUGAGCAAGCGAGCUAAGUUCGCAGAGCCGGAUGCGCGGACCACCACUGUAGGCUCUUGUGUCCAGUUCAGAAUUAACUACGAGCAAAUCAAGCAGCUUCCCAUCGGCAAGGCUGUACUCUCCGACGUCAUCUCGGCCGGGGGACACCUCUGGAGGAUUGAAUUCUUCCUGCGUGGGGACAGGGAAGCGGACAAGGGCGAGUAUGUUUCUAUCUUCCUGGUGCACAUCAGCAAAUGCAGAAGCGUCAUGGCCAAGUUCGAGGUCUUCAUGAUGGGCAGGGAUGGCAAACCAUCUACAUCUGACAUACGAUGGAUAUGCGAAACCUUCGAAAUCAGUGAGGAUGACGACUCAUGGGGAUGGGAUGAGUUCAUGGAGCUUACUGAUGUGGAGAAAAAUUUCUUAACAGAGGGACACGUCACAUUGGCAUGCACUAUCAUGGUCAUGGAUGACAGUGCUAUCCCUCUCCCGCCUUCAGACAUCGGGACCCAUCUUGGCCGCCUGCUAGAUCAAACUGAAGGGACAGACGUGUCAUUCAUUGUUCACGACGAGAAAUUCCCUGCUCACCGAGCUGUGCUUGCUGCCCGCUCACCGGUCUUCAGAGCAGAGCUGUUUGGUCCCAUAGCCGAGGCUACAAUGUCAUCCAUCAAGUUGCAUGACAUCGCACCUUCAACAUUCAAAGCUAUGCUUCAGUUCAUAUACACGGAUGAUUUGCCUGCAGAAGACGAGCCCGGGGACUCUUCCAUUGAGAUGUUUCACAAUCUACUCGUUGCGGCUGAUCGGUAUGCACUUGACCGACUAAAAGUUAUUUGUGCCCAGAAGCUAUGGGAAAAAGUGUCGGUAAAUACAGUUGCAACUAUCUUAGCUUGCGCAGAAACCCAAAACUGUCAAGAGUUGAAGAACAAGUGCAUUGACUUCUUUGCGGUGGAGGAAAAUUUCAAGGAGGCCAUGUUCACCGAUGGUUAUGCAUUGUUAGUUCUGAAAUUCCCAUCAAUUACUGCUGAGCUCAAAACGAGGGUUAGGCCAUAG